AUGGCAGAUUUGGCCCGCAGCGCCGUGCUUGUCUCCUCGGAGCCGAUCCACCCCAAUUCUCUCCCGGCGGACGUGAAGAGCGACGGCGGCGCCCCGCCGGUGGUUGAGGGGCCGACGGGCGACGAUUUGAACUCCGCAGCGGCGGCACUGCGGCGGUACGCCACAACGGGAUUUCAGGCCUCCCACUUUGCGCAGGCCGUCGCCAUCUGCAGCAAUAUGUUGAGGCCGCAAGUGCCAUCAAAUGUGCUUCCACCAUCGCAGUCACAAUCCACAGCGCCGGCGGGUGAGUUGAGUGGAGUGCAAGGGAGUGGGGAUCAACCAGCGGUGUUGGUGCAGCCAAGUAUAUUUCUUGGGGUCACGGCGAAUUUGUUUGGUACAGGCUGCAGAGAGGCUAUUCGGUUUCUAUGCAAAGAAUCUGUUCCACUUCCGAGUGGGGUGGAACCAGCAGUUUUGCCGGACCCGAUGCUAGACCCAGUAAGAAAUAAUAAUCAUAAUGAUGAGGAUACUGUUAUUCCCGUACCCUCCUUUGCCUCAAAGGCACUAAUUCACACAAUUGUUGUGAGUGGAGGUGCGAUGGAACACGAUAUUCGACGCGCCUGUGAAUCUUAUGAGAUUUCCCUCGACCAUGGAAAUGAGGAAAUGAUGAUGACGAUGAUGAAGAAAGGGCAGCAGCAGCAGCAAAAGAGUGAUGAACCUAAUAAGAAGAAAUUUCGCUUUGGUAAUAUUUUUUACAGUAACGGGAAUAAUACUACAAUGAUUGCUAACAAUAACAAUGCAUCACCUUCUUUGUUUGAUGUUGUUAUGCGCCGUCUUGUGCUCAGACUGAAUACACUACAACAACGUUGUAAAGUUUCAUGCGCUGCACGUCCUAUUACUACACCUUAUGAAGACGUCUGCUCGUGGGCUAUUUCCCCAAGUACUGUAUGGUAUUUAGCAGGAAAAUGGAUGCCGGAGCUUUUAUUAGAAGCUCUCAUGGAAGUCAAUGGAACCAUAACAACAACAACAACAAAAGAGGAAGAAGAGAAAAAAGAAACAGAAAUUGCAGGAAACAGGGGAGAUGAGAAAUCACUGACAGAGGAGGCGCAGAAGCGCGCAGAGAGUACUGUACUGUACUGGGCAGCAAAGAAUGAUGUGCCUAUAUUUUCUCCAUCCUUUGCAGAUGGAGAUAUUAUGCAGUUUAUUCUUAAUGCUGGUGGACCACUGCUGCAGUUAGACCUCGUUACGGAUAUUCACCGCAUUAAUCGUUUCGCGAUGCGCAGCCGUCGCACCGGUAUGAUCAUACUAGGCGGCGGUGUUGUGAAACAUCACGUGUGCAAUGCGAAUCUCAUGCGUAAUGGGGCUGACAGCACCGUCUUUAUUAAUAACGCGCAGGAGUUUGACGGUAGUGACGCCGGUGCACGGCCGGAUGAGGCGAUUUCGUGGGGAAAAAUACGCCUCGAUGGUGAAUUUGUGAAGGUGUACUCUGAAGUAUCGCUUGUAUUUCCACUGCUCCUCACGGAAGUGUUUCUGCCGUACGUUCGGGACGCGCGGGGUCUUUCAGGCACAGCGUAG